CAGUUCGCUGGGGACAGCCAUGCAGGACGCCAAGGAAGCCGAGUUGCAGCGCGAGCGGCUCAUGAAGCAGCCCGUCGCUCAGAUGGAGCUGCGUGAGCACGAGCACAAGUACCCGAUCGGCGGGAACCUCUUUGGGUGCAGUUUUUUCAAGGCCCGGUACCUGUUCGCCGUGCUAGCAGCGGUGUCGUUCGCCAUCAUCUAUGGGCUGAAGGUGAACCUGAGCGUGUGUAUCGUGGCGAUGGUCAACCAGACGUACAUAAUGCAGGAGCACAUAAUGCACCAGCACUCCAACGACUCCGGCAGCUCCGGCCAUGAGUGCCCGGAUGACCCCGACGUUCACGCCUCAUCAGAGGGACAGAUAGACGAGGAUGGGCCAUUCAAUUGGUCUGAGACGCAGCAAGGCCUCCUGCUGGGUGCCUACUUCUGGGGGUACAUGGUGAGCGAACUGCCUGGCGGCCGGAUGGCUGAGGUAUACAGCGCGCGCUGGGUCAUGUUCACUGCUGUUGCCAUCAAUGUGCUGGGCACUGUGCUCACGCCACCCGCGGCCUACUUCCAUUUCUACUGCCUGGUUGCGCUGCGUGUGCUCGAGGGCAUUGGAGGGGGUUUGACUUUCCCAGCGAUGCAUGUUAUGAUCUCUCACUGGGCUCCACCUCAUGACCGUGCUGUCCUUACUGCCAUCAUAUAUGCAGGUACAGCAUUGGGUACUGUGAUAUCCUUCCCCUUAUCUGGAGUCAUUGCUGGCUUUUUAGGUUGGGAAUGGGUCUUCUAUAUUAUGGGAGCUCUAGCUUCAAUCUGGCUUGUACUCUGGAUCUGCCUCAUAAAAGACACUCCUGAACAACAGUACUUCAUCACUGAGGAGGAGAGGAAUAUGAUAAUGGAUACAACUGGUGACAGGGUGCACCAUUCAACACGCCACGUUCCAUGGAAAGAAAUGUUUACUUCAAUGCCUUUCUAUGCCAUUCUUGUGUGUCAUUUCUGUGGCAAUGUGGGUUGGUACAUGUUGCUGAUGCAACUGCCAUCAUACAUGAAGCAUAUUUUGCACUUCCCAAUUAAAAAGAAUGCUGGCCUAUCUGCACUCCCUUAUUUCUGCAUGUGGCUUUUCACCUUAAUUCUGGGCAAAACACUUGAAGCCCUUGAAGACAAGGGUGUGAUUUCACAAACUGGUUAUAGGAAGAUUGCCACAUCAAUAUCAUCUCUAGGAGGAGGUGCCUGUCUUGUUGCUGUAACCUAUGUUGGCUGUAAUAAGGUUGCAGCAGUUACCCUUAUGACCUUUGCAGUCACAUUCAUGGGUGCCAUGUUUGAUGGAUACUUGGGAAACCAUAUAGAUAUUGCACCUCACUUUGCUGGCACAAUGAUGGCUAUCACAAAUACUAUAGCUACAAUACCAGGAAUUACUGUCCCUGUGCUUGUGGGCUACCUCACUGAAGGACAUCAAACAAUUGCUCGGUGGAGGGCAAUUUUCUAUGGAACAUUUGGGGUUAAUAUCUUCCUCUUUAUAUUCUACAUGAUAUUUGGAACAGGUGUUGAACAACCAUGGAACAAAAUUGAUUAGCUGCUACUGGCGUUGAUGGCUUAUUUAAUUUAAAUAGUGUCAAGCUUUAUUCCUAUUUUGUGAUAAUUUUAUUUAAAGUUACAUUGUAUUUAAUAUUGUUGAAAUGUGUACAAGUGAUGUGUAUGUGCAAAUAA